CUCCAUCUUCCUUUUCCCUCCAAGAGAAAUUAAUAAAUAACACCAACUCAUGCCUUUGAUUUUGGUUAACACAAACCACCAGCAGAAACAGAUCCAAGCCAAGGGGAAGCAAAAAAAUGUCAACCCCCGCCGAUGAUGAAGAACAAGAAGAUCAAGAACACCGGCGGGAAGCUCUGACAUUCUGGUGCGCCGGCUGCGACGUGAGCAUCCGCCUUCUAAUCACCUCCUCCGCCGGCGCUGUUCCAUCUUGCCCGCAUUGCCACCGUCAGCCUCUUCACCUCAUGGACGACAUCAUCGUUGAUCAUGCCAAUCAUGCCUCCGGCUCCGACGACAUCGACACUGCCAACCUGUUCCUCGUCGACAGCCCCUCGUUCCGCCGCUUCCUCGUGCGUCAUCACUGCGCCUUCAACGCCUGUCACAGUAACUGCGACGUCCAGUACUUGGAACUACUGGAUUCAAUGGAAAACUCGUCGAUAUCGUCGCCAUCGUCGUUGGCGAAUGUGAUGAUCCCUAGCGUCGAAAUCGAGCCUCUGUCGCUGGAAAUCGAUCCGGUUCUGGAAUGUGCGGUGUGCAAGGAGCUGUUUGUGGCGGGUGAGGAGGUCAAGCAACUCCCCUGUUCUCAUUUCUUCCAUUCCCAUUGCAUCAUCCCCUGGCUUUCCCUCCACAAAUCCUCCUGCCCUCUCUGCCGCUUCCAGCUUCUUCCCCUCCACAAUUUCUGCGACACCAUUGAGGAGUUUACAUGAUUACAUCAAUUCGAUUCGUUUGUUUUGUUUUGAAAUUUCUGUGCUUCUGCUCUUCACUUCUUUGUGCUUCUGGUAUGGAUUUCAGGUGGCCGGCUAGUUGGUGCCAUCUCAUAAUAAUAAGAUAAGAGAGACAAGACCCAUCUUUCUAGAGAAAGAUUAUUGAUACUGAGAGUGAAAUUUUAUUGGGAGGGAACCCCACAAGAUUAUGAGUUGCCCUAUAUUUUUUACAUAAGUUACAAACGGCAAACAGAGCUGUUUUGAAAAGCAUUAUUAUGAGGUUGCCUUCAAGAAGUACCUUGCAAGUUACGUAUCCUCCAUCAAUCCAUCCAUCACUUUCCCCCUUCCUCUCUUCUUUGCAACAAAGAUUACAACAUUAUCAUCUGAUUGAGGAACCUGAACAAUAACUACCGGUAUGACAGACACUGAAAAAAACCUCUGUCGUAAGUUACACAACGAGUAAUUCCCCCAUCGCAGUCAUAGAGCCUGACUGCAACUGAAAAUUUCCCCCCUUCUUUAUACUGGGUUUGCUUUACUCAACAUAUUUGCUUCAAGUUGGCCGCUAAAGAUAGAAUACACCUGCCCCCUAUUGAGCCUGAAUCCAAAUUCCAACAAAGAAACUGGUUUCAUUAGGACCUUCAUUUACCACAUAUAGCUCGAAUAACAACUAAACGAGUUCGAGCUAAAAUAUGUCCAGGGUCCCACGUCUUCGAUCCAAAUGAACCCCUCGUGUUGAA